CCGGAGCAUGAAAGCACGUAAAUGACAUGACUAGCAUAACUAGCCACCUAACGAUCUAUCUUAGAUACCUACUUCGUUAUCUCCAGUCAUGAAGUACUUUAGAUUUGUCACGGGCGAUAAGAUGUUUACAGAAAUGGCCGAAAUGCCGACGUUGGCCCUGCUUCUAACUGCAUUGCAUUAAAUUCUCUUCAGUGCUAUACAUCUUUCAACAUUCGUCAAGUGUUUGCCGUGGGACCAGAUUGUCCUCCGCUUUAUCGGCAUUCGUGGCUAAACAAUCAUCAGAUCAAUCUAAAGCAGAGUGGCUGAAUCUCGCCAAAAUCAUGGGUUCCGUUGAGACUUUCAGACCUCGACCCGCGGAACGUACUGCAGGGCAGAAACAGGAUGUCUGGUCCAUGGUGAACGAGGCUACGGCCGCCUCGCUAGUUCAACCCAUCGUCAAUAUGGGUCAGGGAUUCUUUGACUACAAUCCACCAGAUUUCAUUAUCGAGGCCGCUCAAAACGCUCUAAAACGUGUCGAUUGCAAUCAAUAUGCACCCACUAAAGGCAAACCUAGCCUAAAGAAAGCAAUUGCCAACGAGUACACCAAAUUUCUUGAGCGUCAAAUCAACCCCGAAACGGAAGUGACAAUUACAACGGGCGUGAAUGAAGGAAUUCUGAGCGCCAUUAUGGCCUUCGUGGAAGAAGGGGACGAAGUCUUGUGUUUGAGCCUUUCUUCGACCAGUAUAUUAGCAACAUAGAAAUGGCUGGCGGCAUCGUACGCUACGUCCAUCUUAAACCAUCAGCGAAGGGCUCUAUCAAGACGACAUCUUCCAACGACUGGGCCCUUGAUCUCGACGUCCUAGCUGCCACAAUCUCAUCCAAGACAAAGAUGAUAAUCAUCAACACGCCCCGCAACCCCGUUGGCAAGAUCUUCUCUAGGUCA